CGAGAGACGGAUUAUAUUUUAAGAGCGCGACACUUAGGACACUGUGCUGCUGAGAUUAUACUUGGAAUUUAACCUCUCGACUUAAAACAUGAAACUCCUUGCUUGUAUUGUACUACAAUGCUUCGUACUUGUCCAUUUAGCUGAUUGCGUUGUCUUUAGUUGGCUGUGGAACGUUAAUCCACUCGAGGCAGAUUCCAUUUCGAAGCACAACUCAAGUACGGCACUGAACACAAAACGGGUAAGUGGAAUUGGCUUCGAGAUCCUGUAAGAGUGAACUAUAGUCAAAUUUAUUGAACAUGUAUGGAACUAUUUGUUUCAAAUUAUAUCGUCUAAGACAUUGUCAUUGACUGAGCGAUAAUUUUACUUCAUAUUAUUAUAUUAUUUUAAUUUUCAAUGUUUCGAUCAUUGCGUACUGAUCGUCUUCAGAUUUAUAUACAUUUUUACAAGAAAGAUAAUUAUCAUUUAUUUCUAUGCUUUUGGUUCAGUUUGUCUGCAAAGGAUAUUUUUAUCUUGGUUAAAAUAUCACAUGUGUUUCUAUUUGUUUUCUCAGACCUGCACGAAAGAUCGCAAUUGCGGAGCAACGAAUUAUUGCCAUCGUCACUACGGCACCUGUCACAAGUGCAAGAAAAUUGGAGCGAAAUGUAGACGUGAUCAUGUUUGCUGUAAAGGAUUCGAGUGCGUCUUUGGUAGUUGCAGAAGAAUUGUUAAAAAAGGAAACUUCCUUUCGCGUUGCAGAAAAGAUAGAGACUGCAAGAAGGGACUGUGCUGUGCCAAGAGUCAUGGAGAGUUUGUCUGUAAACCUAUGUUGAGGGAAAAUCAACUUUGUUCUGUCCUGGAGGGUGGAGUAGCCUACACUGUAAACCACGGUUGUCCAUGUGACGAGGGUUUGGUGUGCAGACGAUGGAAAAUUCGUAGUAAAAGGUGAAUAAUAUAAAUUGUACUUAUAUACAAUGUUUAGCCAAACAUGAUUGAGCAUGAUGAUUUUGUGAUUCAGUUAAUGUGGUCGAACCAUCUCUGCAAAACAUUUUUAGAAUUCUGUUUGCAUACAAUUUUUUUGUGAAAUCCAAUGCAUCAUGGCUUGAGGGUUUGAAAGUCUAUUUUCAUUUCAAUAGAUAUUUUGAAUUUCUGAUAUGGAUAAAAAACUAGGUUGUCAUUAUAGGGCGCGAUACGUUCGUCACCAUAACUCAUUGUCGUCUGUGCCGUAUAGUUUCAAACACUCGUUGGUCCAACAUGUUGCAUUAUAAUUUAAAAGAUUCUACUGAUCGCGAAAAAAAAUCGAGGUUCUCUUACAUUGACCGACUACCUUAUCAGAGUCGUUAUCCCCAUGAUCAAUUAAUAUAUUUUUCUAAUGAAAAGUAUUCUCUUAAUUAAAUAUCUUGUAACACCACCAAUUUUUACGAUGGUUUUGAUGGAACCAUGGUCAUCGCCUUAACCAAUAUUGGUAUCCAUCCAAUAUUCCCCUUCCAAAAUACUUUCCAAACGCAUGCAGGCAGUCAAUAAUUGCCUGGAGUAAAAAGAAAGAGAUAAAGCAUUUUGUGAUAAUUUAAGCUUGUUCUUUGUUUUCAGAACAAUAGAUGCAUAAUUAACACCUUUUAAAUACUUAGACUUCUUGUCUCUUUGUUGUUUAGGGUGAAGGGAAUUAUUCCUCCAAAGCACAAGACAAAGAUAAAACGCUGCCAAAAAAUACCCUCUUGAACUCCCUAGUUAAAUCUUAUUAUACUUUGCAAGAUUAUACCGUCAGGAUUGGAAAUGUAGGCGAUUCUGUGCUGGUCUGACCAGUUUAUUGAGUGACAGCUCUCAGCAUGGGGGAUCUUUAGCCAAAAUGAAUUAGGCUAAGUUGUAGUCAUGCCCCAAUAAUUUGUAAAAGAACACUCACAUUAUACGAAUAUAAAAUAUAUUAUAAACUGUACAAAGUAUAGACACAAUAUAUUUAAUAUUCGGCAUGCGACAAUAUAUGAACCUUGUGUUAUGAAAUAAGGCAUGGUAGGACCCGAAGAAUUUUCGUAAACAUAGUUCUUGAUAUUAUGUAUUAUUAAUAUAGCUUGCUGUGCACAUAUCCAAUGAAUUCACUCGUGGGUAUGCAGGUUUUCAUAGGAAUAUAUAAAUUUUUGUUUUGUUAUUCUCAAUAACAUAUCAUCCACUGUAAAUAGAUUGAAUGCACUUUGAAUAAAAUUCACUUGUACAAUAAAAAAUAACCAUUUGAAAAACAGAGUAAGGUGUCAAUGUUUUAUGCACGUCCAUAAUU